AGGAGCACUGGUUAGCUGGGCGUAGGGAAGGUGGAUGCUUAGGAGUUGUAGUUGGCCAGCCAGCCAGCUGGCAGGGAGCCCCGCCCAACCGGACUCUGCAGCUGUGGCAGUCCGGAGGGAGACUCGUCCUGGAAACGCCCGGACAGGAAGAGCGGCUCCGACUGACACGUGGACUUGACGCGGCGCUCCUCCAGAGUCUGUCUGGCUCUCUUUGCAGACCUGACCCGCGAGAUUCUGGGGGAGUGUCAGGAGGCGGACUAGAAGGUUCGCCGCCCGAGCUGGUCUUGGGUUGGCACCUCCCGGCAUUAGCCGGCCCGCCCCCAGACUCUUUUCCCCUUCGACUCCCUGUAGAGACUGGGGUAUUGCGCAGCCUGCCUGGGUCACUCGCUGGACUGUCAGCCUGCGCCUUUGCAGUCAUGGGAAAACGGCCCCGAGUCACCCCCACAGAUGCUUAGAAGAGCUUCUCUUGCUCGUUUCCACUCUCUUGGGAACACUAUGGCUUCAGGGCAUUGCAAACUGGGGACUGCACCAGUGCAUCACCACUGUCACCAUCAGCAUCCUCUGUCGCUCCAGCCUCCGGUAGGGUCCAAAGCACCUUGUCCUGAAAAAAUUAAGAGAGAUGUCAGCGCAGAGACUUAUUGGUCCAGGCCUGAAUGCCAGGUUUGGACUGUGAUGUUACUCCUGGGGACAUGUCUUCUAUACUGUGCCCGGGUCUCUAUGCCCAUCUGUGCUGUCUCAAUGAAUGAAGAUUUUGGUUGGAACAAGAAGCAGUCUGGGAUCUUAUUGAGUAGCUUCUUUUGGGGUUACUGCCUAACUCAGAUAAUGGGAGGCCACCUUGGGGAUCGGAUUGGAGGAGACAAAGUCAUCUUGAUCUCAGCAUCAGCUUGGGGUUUCAUCACAGCUGUUACCCCAUUGCUCUCCCACAUCAGUAGUGCCCACUUGGUCUUUAUGACUCUCUCCCGAAUACUCAUGGGGCUGUUUCAAGGGGUUUAUUUUCCUGCCUUGACGAGCCUGUUGUCUCAGAAAGUCCGAGAAAGUGAGCGAGCAUUCACUUAUAGCACUGUGGGUGCAGGUUCCCAGUUUGGGACCCUGGUGAUUGGAGGAGCUGGCUCUCUCCUCUUGGAAUGGUAUGGCUGGCAGAGUGUCUUUUACUUCUCUGGUGUGUUCACUUUGAUUUGGGUCUAUUUUAUGUACAGAUACCUGCUGAGGAAAAAAGAACUUGUAAUGUCUUUGGGAAUUUUGGCAAAAGGCUUUUCCAUUUCCAAGCAGAAAAAGGUUCCCUGGAGACAGUUAUUUAGAAGACCUCCUGUGUGGGCAGUCAUAUUCGCUCAGCUCUCUUCUGCCAGUUCAUUUUUCAUCCUCCUUUCCUGGCUGCCAACCUUCUUUAAGGAAACUUUCCCCAACGCUAAGGGCUGGGUGUUCAAUGUUAUCCCCUGGCUGAUUGCAAUCCCUACCAGCGUGUUUAGUGGUUUUCUUUCGGAUCACCUCAUCAGUCAGGGCUAUAGAACCAUCACUGUGCGCAAACUGAUGCAGGUGAUGGGUUUAGGUCUGUCCAGUGUGUUUGCUUUGUGUUUGGGUCACACGAGGAGCUUUUGUAAAUCUAUUAUAUUUGCAUCAGCUUCUAUUGGACUCCAGACCUUUAACCACAGUGGAAUUUCAGUUAACAUUCAGGACCUGGCCCCAUCCUGUGCUGGCUUUUUAUUUGGUGUAGCAAACACAGCUGGAGCCUUGGCUGGUGUUGUUGGGGUGUGCAUGGGAGGAUAUCUGAUUGAAACCACUGGCUCCUGGACUUCAGUUUUCAAUCUUGUGGCCAUCAUAAGUAAUCUAGGACUGUGUAUGUUCCUGGUAUUUGGAGAAGCCCAGAGGGUGGAUUUCAGCUCUGCCUAUGAAGAACUUUAACUUUUGAGCCUCCUGCUGGAAGCUGACCACUCAAUCAACAAAGAGUUGCAUUUCCAUGUGAUUGUUCAUGGGGAAAAGAUAGCCAGUUUUCUAAGGGAAAAGGUUGGUUCCACUGAUGAGGAAAACCAAAUGCAAGUGAAAAACUUUGUGGCACUGUUUAUCAGGUGUGAAAUCCCUGGGGGUAAGGAUCUCUGGGGAGCUUUCCCACUAUUUCCUAGACAUACAGUUGUCUGAACAACUCUGUUCAUGUCAGUAGAAGAGUAUAUCAGCUGUGAGUCCUGUUUGAGCCUGUGGAUUCAAAACACACGUGUUCUUGCUCUCUCUCCCUCAGCAACUCUGUAUGUUCUUACUUUGCAUUCUGAGAAUGCUGUAGACAUUCUAGUUAAGCCAUGGCUAGUUGGCAGCUGGCUGUGGGAUUCCUCUGCAGUAGGGGAUCCAUAGGACUUUGAGUACUACCCAAUUAGAUGCCAAAUUUUUUUGAGCUGGAUAGUCUUCUUUCAUUGCAAGGGAAAGCUAGCCAGCUUUGCCCCAGAGAAGCAAUGUUGUCUAAGGAGUCCAAGAGAUAGCAGUAGAAAUUCUGCCUGCUUAUAAAGCCUUGGGAAAGACAUUGUUUAUCUCUGUGCCACAGUUACCCCAUGUGUAAAAUGGAAAUAAUAAUAGCCAUGCUGCCCAUUUCUACCUCAAAAAGCUAUUAUGAGGCUUCUGAGAUCACAGUGGGAGGCAUGCUUUAAGUUCUUUUGAGUAAAAGUGGUUAUUAAUGGAACUCUUUGUUAAUCAACUAGUGUGCUGGUUAACCUCAUGACUGGAGAAUCCAUGACAUUUUUCCAGAUGUUCACUGAGUCUUCUUUGAAGAAAAAGGCAACAUAUUUAAACCAGACAGAAUUUUAUUUAAAUGAUGGUCAUUAAAAGAUUAGUAAAAAUUAA